AUGUUGAAAUCAAGUGAGACUGACAAGGCGCAAGGAGGAGCGGGGGGACAGUUCAGUGAGCGGUUGGCAGUCUGGUCAGCCAUCCUAUAUUUGCUCAUGGAGGAGGGUCUGCUGGAAGACAGGGAUCCGUUCGACUGGUCGAUCGACGAGGUGGUGGCAUACCUCUGUCAUGGCUCAUUUGAUGCUUGGAGUCGCUCCAAAGUCCCUCCGCCGCGCCCGAAUCCGGUGUUCUUAGAAAGGACUUUACGCGAAAACGACAUUACCGGUCAUGUUCUACUGACUGAAAUCAACAAACAGACACUGGCUGAGGAUUUUGGGAUAAAGUCGCUGGGCCAACGCGCAACGAUUGCUCAGGCCGUCCAAUACUUGCAAGGACUAUCGCGGGGCUACAGAGAUUAUGCUGGCCACUUAACCUCUGCAGAUAUCAAGCCGGAGAAUUACGCCUCCAUCGCUAGUCCUGCACCGUUGGGCUCUCCGCACCUUUUCCGAACCCCAAAUGCGGCGGUUCAUUCACAUGAAUAUUUGCAGCGAGCGGCGUCCUUCGGGAUUGCUUCCUCCCAGCAAAACACUCCAGCACCUGUUGACACGUCAAUCGACAGCAGCGAGCGAGCUUUUGCUCAACCCUCACCUGACAGACCAGUCGGUGCCACGGCACCGGCAGAGAAUCCAACCCCUCCCGGUCCGAAGCUGCUUCCCGAUAUCGUGGGGAGUCAUAGUGAAACAAAAAGACGCCGUGGCGAACAUUAUGUGACAGAUAAGGAUGGGAAAAAGCGGCGGAGGUUAGAACUUACCUCCCUAACGACGCGUUCUGAAAAGCCUCAAACACGCCCGAGACGCUAUCUUGACAGAAAAAAGGCCAUUUCAACGAUCUUCUACGAUGAUACUAUGGGCGAUGGAGGUGACAGCGAGGAAGAUACAUUCAUCAUAGAGGGUUCGGAUUCGUGUCCCAUAGGCUAUCGCCAUGUCCUGAAUCAGAGGAUGCGAUACUAUUUUCGCCAGAGGCCUCAGUACUUCAAAACCAAGGAGGGCAAGCCUGCUAUUGCUGUAUUUCCUUACGACGGCACAUCGUUAUCACGGGAAGACCCCCGAUUUUUUUCCUUGUUUAUUAAAGAUGGAAAAAAGGUCAAUGUCACUAGGGAAAAUGUCUCUGAUUGGCCCGAAUUCGUUACUGGAGAUGAUGAACUGCAUUACUUACUUACCAAAUAUCCACCUAAAGGCGAACACGAUGCGUUGCCGGUAUAUGGCGAGUCUGCCUCCGAAGGAGAUUAUGAUUCCGAAACUUGGAAGGAGAUACAAGAGGAGCAUGAGCAAACAAACGUUGCUGGUCCACAGGCCUCGAAAUUCUUGUCACAGACGGAUGUUGACUCCAUUAUUGACUCCUGUAUUGCAGAUUUCGUAGGUAAAUGGCAAUCCCGAAAGCGUCCAAUCGAGGAGCGCAAGGCAAGACGGAUAUGGCGACGUGCCAGGGCAAAACAAACCCGGCUAGCAGAUAUCAAAGCUGCUUCUAAUCAAAUUGCCCACAUGGACAGCCGUCUGAAAGAACUCCGGAAAGCCAUAAAAGUGACACCCUGGUCUCAAGCCAAGGAUGUACGGAUGCAAUGCCAAUCCAUGGAGCAAACGGUUUUUGAACGAGAGCACCAUAAAUGGAUCAUUGAGGUCUUAGAGCGUGAGAAGUGUCCGCUGAAGGUGCCCGGACCGAACUUUUCGCAGCCAAAACCCUUGCGGUCCAUUCAAUUGCCGGACGAUGAAGAGUCAUUGGGCUCUGAUACCGAUAAUAGCGGCAAUGACACAGAUGAUUUCAUUGUCCCCGACGAAGACCCUACAAUCCCCAGCAAAGGCUUUGUGGACGAACUUCCUCCAAGCCUCCUCCCUACUGUUGAAGAAUCCGACGAAGAUGAAGUUGUUUCCGCAAGGAAGAAGAGAAAAUCUCGACGAGGCCGCCAGGAUGCGCGAAAACCUGCUCGGAAAAGUCACGCAGCGCCCUCCUCAAACAAGAAUUCACGAAAGCCAGUUGAAAUUGAUGUUGUAGAUCUUACACGGACCGAUAGUGAAGACGGGGAUGCUAGCCUUGGUAACGAGAGACGGGAGACCUUUAACGUGCGUACGCCGCCGUUGAAUAGCAAGCCACGGAAUUCUUCGUCCUCGCAUAUUCUUGGUGAUUUCGAGCCUCCAAAGAGCCCCUCUGUCACACCCGGCGCGUCGACCAACGUCGCUGAUUUGGAUUUUGCCCAGAUUUUAGAAUCCUCGGUCGCAGAGCUUGAGAAGCACCCCACUCACUUGAUUGUAUAUUACGUUCACCAAAUGGGCGACAAAGACCGAGAGGGCAUCAAAAAGAUUUUCAACACGAAAUCUUUUGGCCAUUUGAAAGAUGUCAUGUGCAGGGGCCUGCGGAACAUGUCGCAACAUGAGACCACGAUUCCUGGUCACAGUAACGAACAUUCCAGGCUGUAUAUGAGAAUGGCGAUAUGCUACAUAUCAUGGGUCUCACGCAAAAGAAUAUCCGAUCAGGAUCGCAUAAACAAACAGGCCAUCGAAUAUGCACUGCAGAAGAAAAAGAUCCGACAGUUUCUUCCUAUUCUUGCCGAUGUUGUUCGGACAUAUGCAGAAAAGAGGCCCAGGGCGCGAAAGAAGAGCAAGAAAUCUUCCGUAGAGGACACCGCGGAAUCGAACACGGACUCCGACAUGUCGAGCAAAUCUGCUGAUGAGGAAGCGGAUGCUUUAUCGGACUUUGUGCGUACGCCUCAUAGGAAAAGAAAACGUGCUGUAAAACAAAGCCAGGAGGCGAUAAAUGCUCAGAAACUAGCACAACGCCGAGUUCAGCUUCAAGAGGAGCAGCAGCAACGCCUGCUGAAGAGGUUUCAAAACUCAGGAGUGGCAAAUAGUGACCCGAUUCGACAAGCUAUCAGCUUCGACGAGCCUGUAAUUUAUCUGGAUCCUCACAUUGGUCGUCGCGUCAAGCAGCACCAGCUACAUGGAAUGCAAUUCAUGUGGAGAGAGUUAAUCAAAGAUGAAAAGCGUCAAGGUUGCCUUCUUGCCCAUACCAUGGGGUUGGGCAAAACAAUGCAGGUUAUCUCGUUGCUAGUGACUAUCGCAAAUGUGGCAAAUUCACAAGAUCCCGAACUCCGGAAACAAAUCCCAGAUACUUUUCGCGAGUCCCGCACGCUCAUCUUGUGCCCAUCAUCUUUAAUCGAGAAUUGGUGGGAGGAAUUCCUAAUGUGGAGACCAGGAGACCCGGAGUCAGUGAGCAAUCUCGGCCCGAUCAGAAAGAUUUUGCAGUCAAUGGAGCCUUGGGAGCGAUUGAAGGAGAUCGCAGCAUGGCAUUCCGAAGGCGGUGUUCUCCUUUUGAGCUAUGAUAUUUUCAGAGCUUUCAUUCUUAACCGAGCAACCAAAAGCCGGGGUUCUUCUCUUGGUGCGAAGGUCCAUGAGACAAUCAAGAAGCAGCUCCUUGAUGGGCCGAAUAUCAUCGUUGCCGACGAAGCACACAAGAUGAAAAAUCGAAACACCGGAAUCGCCGAAGCAGCGAGCGGCUUCAAAUCAAAAAGUCGAAUUGCCCUUACAGGUUCUCCGCUCGCAAAUCAUCUUGAAGAAUACUACUCAAUGAUCAAUUGGAUUGCUCCUGGGUACCUGGGCGACUUUGUGCAGUUCAAAGCGAAAUAUGUUGAACCCAUCGAGGCGGGUCUGUAUCGCGAAAGCACACGGGCUGAACGUCGGGAAUCUUUAAAGAGGCUCCAAGUACUGAAAAAAGACCUGGAUCCGAAAGUGAACCGUGCCGACAUUUCAGUUUUGAAAGGCGAUCUUCCUCCGAAAGUGGAAUUUGUCAUCACUCUGCCCCUGACUGCCAUUCAGGAAGAGGCGUAUAAAAUCUACGUCGCGACUUUGUCAACCGGAAAAGACGACGUGCCCAACGCGCGUUUGUGGGCUUGGCUCGCGAUACUAUCGCUUCUUUGCAAUCAUCCGUCGUGCUUCAUGGAAAAGAUACUGAAGAAGAACCGCGAUAAAAAGCAGCAAGGUGUGCUGCAGGAUUCGGAAAAUGAAAGCGUUAUCGAUGACAUAACUGACAGCCAGACUUUGGGCCCGGAAGUUAUCAAAGAGGUCCAGCGUGUUUUUGAAGGAAUAAGCGAUCUGAAGUCUACGGCGCUUUCGCAUCGUGCGACGAUGCUUGAGCAGAUUGUCAAAGAAUCAGUCAGCGCCGGCGAUAAGGUCCUGGUUUUCUCUCAUAGCAUUCCCACUCUCAACUAUCUUGAACACAUCCUGAAGCAGAACGGUUGGACAUAUUGUCGUCUGGAUGGAACGACGCCGAUUUCGAGCCGGCAGGUGGCCACAAAAUAUUUCAACAGGACCGAUUCUCCGAUGCAGGUUUAUCUUAUUUCCACGAAAGCGGGCGGUUUGGGUCUCAAUAUCCCCGGCGCCAAUCGCGUGAUUAUCUUUGAUUUCGCAUUCAAUCCCACUUGGGAGGAACAAGCAGUUGGACGAGCCUAUCGGUUUGGACAGACGAAACCCGUGUUUGUUUAUCGUUUCGUCUCCGGGGGCACAUACGAAGAUGCGAUGUAUAACAGGACUGUCUUCAAAACCCAGCUUUCUUUCCGGGUGAUUGACAAAAAGAACCCGAUAAGAUAUGCCUCCAAGUCUAAGAAAGCAUAUCUUUUUCCGCCGAAAGAAGUGAAGCAGCGAGAUCUCUCCGAAUUUAAAGGAAAAGACCCCAAGGUUCUCGACAAGAUUUUACAACGACCUAAUUUUGCUCGAGAAAUCGCGCUCACUGAAACUUUCCAGCGUGAAGAUAAUGAUGCACUCACACCAGAAGAGGAGCAAGCUGUUCAAGCUGAACUUGACGAUGAAAGACUAAAGCGUAAUGACCCAGAGGCCUGGGCGCGAAAGGAAGCUGAGAGACUGAAGCAACAGGACUCGAGAUUGGCGAUGGAACAGCCGUAUCGGUACAUUAACAACGUGCUCUUCUCCCAGCCGCCACCCAGGGUCCCAAUGCCGCCUACAUCAGGGGGAUAUCCCAUGCCUGGCCCAGUAUUCCAUCGUGGUCUCAACACGGACCCUAAUAUUGUUUUUGGUGCUCCAAGUCCAUUGGCCGCUCAGUUACGGUCUCAGCCUGCAGGCUCUGGGCCGCCUCCUCUUCAGCCUGAUACCAGUUUAUACGCAGCUCUGUCUUCGCAACCACCCAAUGGCCGGACAGCAACCUAUGCGUCAUUCACGACGGAUGCCCUUGCAGGUCCUAGUGUACCGCCUACAUCUUCUAGCAUGCCCGCGCCACCCGUGAUGACAAACAUGGCUAAUCUAGCGCAUAACACUACAUCACCCUCUGUCAGCGUGCCUCCUAGACCUUUAGCUGCAAAUAUCCCGGGCUCCGUCCACCAUCCUUCACCGGCCAAGCUUACCGAUGUACCCGUUACUACGGCUUCUACACAGCCAAUACCAAACGCGACUAAUCAUGUACUCGCUAAUCCUUCGGGUGGAUCCUCGAAUCCAUCUACAACAUUACCAGUUAACGAUGCCGUCCGUACAAGUUCCAACAUACCGGUACAACCUUCCACCGCUCCUCCAUCGAGCGCACCGAGCAGGCCAGCAAUAGCCUCUGCGGCAACCUCAAAAAUUGCGUCUCAACCCACCAAACCGGGAGACUCAUCCAAAAACCCCGUGAAUCCGUCUCCAGCGAAAAGACCUUCGGGUAAUUUCGACGGAGCAGACGACCGAGACAGCACAGGCACCUCUGAGUCAAGUGCCAACUCGGCUGGCAGCUCGCCAAAAACUCCCAUUGUCGAGGAGAAUCCAACCCGUUGUGCCACGCAGUAA